AUGUAAGCUUUACAUCAACCUUUAUUAGAAGAACAAAUAAUAAAUGAAAUAACAGAAGAUGAGGCAUAAGUAAUUAGAAUAACAUUUUUUAGAUAUUUGGAAUGAUUGAUUAAUUUAACAUUGAAGAGUUAAGAAACUUUAUAAAAGAUUAUCAAAAACGAGAUAAAAUGUAUUUAAAUAAAUAGCUUUUUGAACAUCUGGUGAAGAAGAUCAAGGAAACCUUAAACUAAAUAAUAAUAGAGUUAUAAAAUAAUUCCAAAUAUGAUUGUUCCUUGAUCUUGGAUUUUAUCUAUGAAUUUUUUAAAAAUCCCCUUGAUUUACCUCUAUUUAAUCAUUAAUUUUCAUUUUAAGAAGAUCUGCUAAAAAUAAUUGAAUUCACAGAUUGCUUACUUAUUUAUGAAAAGGUUUUUUAAUUAUUUUAUCUAUUACCUUAAGUUGUUGGAAAUAUCUCUAAUUAUUAUUUUCCAAGAUUAAUACAUCUAGAAAAAAUUUUAUAUGAACAUAUUAAUUAUUUAACCCCAAAAAAAAUUAAUUUAAUUGACUAUUUUUAAGAAGAUCCAAAAUACGAAGACAAUAGAAUGAAUCUUAGAAAUCCUUUAUAAUUUGAUAUUGAAUAUAAUGAGCCAACUCAAUUAGAAGAAAGUUAUGAAGAUAUUUGUAAAAAUAAUAUUCAUAAUUAUAGAAGAUUAUAAGGUCAAUUCUAAAAUAAAGUAUUAAUUUUAUAUUCAUUUUAUAGAAAGUAGAAAUUUUAGACGAUGAUUCAAUCUCAGCUCUUGCUUUGUCAAGAAAUCUAUUAAAUAAAAAUAAUGAACCUAUUUCCCCUUUAAUUGAAAUUGUAAAAUAUAGAAUCCUAAUUAAAAGAGGUCUAAAUAUAAAUCCAUAAAUUACUAAAAAUAUCAUAAUCAAAUUACAUCAAAAUGUAUCUAUUAUGAUUUAGAAACAGAGAAGUAUAUUGAAUUAAUUGAAUGAAGAUAUAUAAGAUAAAAAAGUUUUUUUUAAUUCUAUCAUUAAAGAUGUAAGAAAUACUGAUUAUUUUAAUUUAUUUAAACUUGAAACCAUAGAUCCACUGUUAGUGAUACAAUUAAUAAAAACUUUGUCAGAAACUAAUUAAUAUUAAAAAUUGCUUUCAGAUGUAUUAUCUAUGAAACAUAUAGAAUAAGAUGAAUUAACUUAAGGAUAUCCCUUAAAGUAUUAUCCUUAGAUUUUUUCUGAAAAUUUCAUUAGAAAUGAAUAAUUAACUUGUAGUAUAUUCCAAUCUCUAAGAAAUUUAUUAAUAUGUAAAUAAUUGUCAGAGGAUGACUAUAAUGAGAUAAUUAGACCUAUAAUAAGAUCUCUUAAUAUAGAAGAUAAUAGAAUGUUAUUACAACCUAAAUAAUUAGUUUCAGCUCUAUAAUUAUUAGGUUAUUUGAUAAAAAAUCAUGAUCCACAUAUAAAUAGUUAAAAUUUAGAUGUUCUUUUAUAAAUUACUGAGCUCUAUAUUAAUAAAGGGCUAACCCUUCAAAAACCAGCCUAAGAAGGUUAUACUUAAAUAAAUGAGACCGAUGCAGAUAUUAUUAUGAAUGCUUGUUUUGAGGUGCUUAAUUAUUUUUUAACAAUUAAUUCAUAGAAUCCUGUUGGUAUUUUUGGCUAAAAUUAACUUAAUAAUGAUAAUACAGAUUUUAUACGUGAACUAACUUUAAAGAUAUCAAAUUCUAAUGUUUUAGUCUAGAUUGCAAAUAAAUUACAAUAGCAACAAUAUUCAGGCAAAACCAUAAUCAAUGCUUUAAAUUUAAUUAGUUCUUUAUUAAAAGCAAAUUUUUAAUUAAUUUAUACAAUUCUUAAUUCUAAAUUACCUAAUAUUUUAAAUGAAAUCAUUCUGAGAAUGAAUACUGAAGAACUAAACCUAGAAAUUACUUUAUCUAUUAUUUCUUUUUAUGCAAAUCUUACAAGAAGAGAAGAAUUUAAAUAAUUCAUUGAAUAUGGAAAAAGAUUUUUAGAACUUAUAAUAAAUUAUCAAUUAAUUACUCAAGAAAAUACUGAUUAUUAUAUUUUACUUGAUUUAGCAAAAAGUGUAGUUAAAUAUUAUUCUAUUAAUGAUAAGAGUAAUUUUUUAAUACAUGAAAUAUUAGUCAAAGUAUUAGGUUAAUUAUUGGAAUAAUUAAAAAACCUACAAUAAAGUUUAAACUUUAAUUAAGAUUUUGAAUCAAAAUUUAAAAUGAUUCAAAAGAAAAAAAUAUAAAUUCUGUUAUUUAAUAGAGAAAUAAGUGUAUAAAAUUAAAGUUUAUGUUAAUAUUUGUAAUAGAAUGGAUAUUUUGAUAUGUUAUCCAAUUUAUUCAAGAUUCCUUGCUUUAAUUAGUUUAUUGUUAUUAAAGUAUUUUAAUUAUUUAUAUUAGGGAUUUAACUCUGCUUAAUGUAGUGAAAAAGCAUUGAGAUUAAUAGAUGAAUGGGAAAAAGAAUUAGGAUGUCCUUUAGAAUAAGCAACAUAGUUGUCUUUCAAUUAAACAAUGUUAUUAGAAGAUUGUUCUAUUUAAACUUAUUAAAUAGCCUCUCGUUUUACAGAAAUUAUCCAUUAUUUAUCAUAACUUGUUUAAGAAGAUUAUAAUUUUGGUAAUUUUUUAAUUUAAUCUGAUAAACUAAUUGAUAAAUGCUGUGCUUUAUUGGAAAUAGCCUUAUUCAGUGAAAAUGCUUCAAAUGUUCUCUUUAGAAUUUUACAAUAAUCACGUAAUAGUAAUAUGAAUAAUUUACAAUCAAUAAGCAGAUUAUUAAUUAGAUUUAUUUUUGAAUCCAAUAAUCAUCCUUCCAUGACUCUAAAAUUAUUAUAGAAAAUCAAUUUUUUUUUUGUUUUUUUUAAUACUUUUCAAUAAGAAAUCAAUCAAUUUCUUAUCAACUCAUAAUUUGGAAAUCAUUUGUAAAAUGUAAUAAAAAAUUAUAUUGUAUUGAUUAACACUGAUAGCUCAAACAAACAAUUAAUUAAUGAUUUAGGCAAUACUAUUUUAUAAAUUUUAAAACAAUUAUAUACAAUUCCAUUAAGAAGAAAUAAUUUAUUAAUAAUUCCUAAAAUAAUUUCAGAUAUAGUUUCUCUAAUAUAAAUAACUAAAAAUUCAACAAAAGAAAGCAUAAAGGAAAUUUAGGAAUUUUUAUUGAUAUAAGCAAAUAAAUUUGCAAGUCCAACGAUUCUUUAGUAAAUUAAUAUUACGUAAGAAGGAAAUAAAAUAAUGAAUAUAUUUACGAGAUAUCCUCAAAUAAUAAAUGGGGAUUAAUUUAAUAAAAUUUUUACAUAGGAUUUAGAUACAUUAAAUUCAUAAAUUAAUGAAUAAAUUCUUCAGCAAAUAAAAAUAAAAGCUUAAUAAGAAUCAAUAAGACUAUUAUUUAAGGAAAAUAUUGAAUUGAUUUCAAACUUUGAUGUUUUUAGUGAACUAUAUCUACAACUUAAUUUAUCAGAAAUAUUAAGAAUUUUAUAAUUAUCAGCUUAGAAGUAAUUUAAUCUAAAUCUACAAUUUAUGGGAUUUGAAAUUGAAAUGUCUAACCAACCAGAUUAUAACUUAAAAAGUAUUAUUUUAGCCUUAAGCUCGCUUUAUAAAUUAGAUUAAUAAUAAUACUAAUAAUCAUUUGAUUCAAUAUUAAGAGAAUUGUUAAAAUUACUUGAUGUUUUAUUAUAAUAGGUUGACUAAUUAAAAAUUAAAGCUGUUAAUUUUACAUUAGCAUUUUUGAGUAAUUUAAUUACAGAAAAUCAAGAAUCUUUGAGUUUAAUAUUAAAAGGUGUUUAAAAAACACUUGAUUCUGAUGUUUAAAAUCAAAUUACUUUUUAAAUAUGUAUUGACAUCUUAGUCAAUAUUUUUUAAAAAAACAGUUUAUUCGUAAAUCAAUUUGUUUACUAAAUGAGAGGAUUGGAAUCAGUCUUUAAAGUGAAAGGAGAUUCUUAUAAUCAUUUUAUAAGUCUUACGAAAUUAACAUUAGCCAUAAUUUAUGAUAAAACUAUAAUAAGAGCUUAAAUAGAAGCAAAGAUAAAGAAAAUUAUUUUUGAUUAAGAAAAUUAGAAACAAGUCAAAAUUAUAAAUUAACAAUAAGACUUGCAAUAUUAUUAAAAUUAAAAUGCUUUUCCUAUUUGUUAGCAACCUACAUAAUAUAAUGUUUAGACCUAAGAAUAAUACAAAAUAUAAAAAAAUCAUCCAGCAUUAUAGUUUCUUCAAAAUAAUUAAAAUUAUUAAGAAGAUAUAACAGAUAUAAUGAAUUUAUUGUUUAAUGAAUAAGUUGAGAAUAACUUUUUGAUAUUAAAACAAGGUUUUCAACUUGAUACAUUAAAUACCAUCAAAUAAAAUGGAAAUGCCAUUUAAUAAUUUAAUUUCAAACAUAAAAAUGAAACAUAAAUCCUUUUGAAACUUUUAGUUGAAUAAAUUAUUAUAUAGUAUUUCGAUAACAAUUAAGAAUAAAAGUAUUAUUGGAAAAUCUUAUUUGAUGUGUUGUAAUUUCUUAUUUCAAAAUUUCCAUUACUUUUGCCAUAAAUCUUAAGAAUGAAUUGUAGUUAGUUUCUUUAAAAAUUUAAAAUUAACAUUGGAUAUGAAAAUUCUUAAUUGCCUACUAAAAUUUCAUUUCUUACAUUGAUAACAAAGUUUAUAAUUCCACCAAAGGAUUUUAUGUUUUGUAUUUGUUUAGAUACAUUAGUUGUAAUUAGAAAAUAAAAUAAGAUGAUUGUUCCAUUUGGUUAUGAUAUUAGAAGAUUAAUAAUAAAAUAGUUGUAUGUUGAAAUAAAUAAAUCAAUAAAUAGUUAAGAUGAUAAAAUACUUAACCAAUCGAAUAUGAUAGUCACUUUAUUAUAAAUAAAAUCUGUUGCUAAGAUUUGUAUAUUAAAUAUUAAAGAACCUUAAAAUUCAUUUAAUUUUAUUAAAUUAUACAUAGAUGGAAUUAAAAAUUUCAAUUAUGAUAAGUAUUUUAUUAAAAAGGAUCAAAUAUUUUUCAUGAUAAAGACCUUGAAUGUUUUAUAUAAUGUUGCUACAAGCUUACUUUUAGAAAAGACAGAACCAAUAAUUAAUCAUUCAUUUGAUAAUGAUAAAAUGGAAUUAAGAAUCAUUGGAUAAAUAAAUCCAGAAGAAACUAAUUGUUAAUUAUUUUAGAGUGAUUAAAUCAAUUCAUAGAUCUUUAAAACCAAAAAUUGGAACAAUGAAUAAUUUUAAUACUAUUUAUAAAAUUGGCCAUUUUUAUAGAUUAAAAAUGGAUAAUUUUAAGAGAAUAUCUAUUAAAAUAGAGAACAAGAAAUACCAAUAGAUAUUUUAUAAAUUAUUCCUGAAAUAAACAAUUCUCAAGAAAUCUGUACUUAAGAAUUAGUAGAAGAAUUUAAUUCUUGGACAGAUGAGUUGGACCAAUCUUUAGAACAAGAAACUUAAAAUACUUUAGAGAUAGAUAAUAAUUUCACUAAUUUUAUGAAAGGCGUAACAAAUUAAAUAUUAGAAAAUUAGAUAUAAAUUACAAUUAAAUUUGAAGAGUUACAUUUUCCCUGCUAAUUUUAAAUAAACUUGCAAGAAUUUAAACAUUAAUUGCCAUUAUAAAAUAAUAUUUAACUGAUAAGAAAUUAUAAUGAAUGGUAAUAAGAUUUAUAUCCAAAUAAUUCUAAUGAUUAAAUUUAAAAUAUAGAUUAAAAUUUUGGAAAUUUUUAAGACUAAUAAAAUUAAAUUAUUAAUUAAUUUGUAAUGGGUCAUUAAAACAAUCAAUCCAGAGUUGAUAAUAGUUAAAUUUAACAUUAAGCAUAAAAUUAAUUUUAAAAAAUAAAAAAUAUUGUAAAUUCUGCUUAGAGAAAUCGAAAAUAAACUUUAAAGCAUUUAGGUGAAAUAGAUCAAUAAUUGAUAUAAUAAAUUUUCUUAAUAUUCUUUUAUGUUGAUGAUGAUAUUGAAUUAAAUUAUGAUUUUAUAAAUGCUUUCUUAAUAAGUCUAGGAACAAAAGCCAAUUUUCACAAUUAAAUAAUUCAACAAGUAAUUAAGACUUUGAAUAUGACCACAUAAAAUUAGAGAUAAGAAAAUGUUAAUUAUCAAUCUCGUAUAAUUUCGAGAAAUUAAAGAAUUAGUGAUCAUGAUUAGACCAUUAAUUUUGUUUAAAAUAAAGCCUUAAAGCUAUUAAAUUAGUUACUAAUAACUUCAAGUUUCAAUAUAUCAGAAGAAAAUGUUAAACAAUUGAUAGAGCUUCUAUUAUAAGGUAAACAUCAAAAGGAAAUCUUUCAAUUUUUGGUAAAUUAAGAAUAGAAAUAUCACUUAAUACUAACUCCAGCCUAAGUGUAAAAGUUAUACAACUUAAUGAUAGAAUAGAAGGAUAUUUAAAAUCGUAUUAAUUAUAUUAAUUUGAUUUCAUAAUUUUUGCAUAAUACCAUUCAUUUUAUGGCAGUGAAUAAAAUUAAAAUUAAAAGAAUUUCUGAAUACUAUAAUAGUUAAUUCUUUAAUAAAUAAUAAAUUGUAUAACCAUUUAAAGAAAUAAAUGAAUUAGAACAAAUAUUUUAGAUGAUUUAUAUUAUAUCCAGCAAAGGCGAAUAAGAACGCAACUUAUGUUAAGAAUUUUUAAAUUCAGAUUAAUUAAUAUCCUCAAUCUAGAAUUUAUCUGAUUCAAGAUUAUUGCCUAUCCUAAAAGUAUUUUUAAUAUGUUAUUAAAAUCAAUCUAAUACUUAAAAUUUACCACUUUUAAGGAUAUCUUCAAUGGAGAUAUCAUAAACAGGAUCUACAGAAAGAUUGAUUGAUUUUGAAAAAUUAUUUAAGAACUUUUGUCUAAAUGGUAGAGCUUAUAUCAAUCACAUUGUAAAAGAGCAAAUUUACAAUAUAAAUUAUAGGUAAAAUACGAACAAUAUUAAUAAUAAUGAUCUUAUAAGAGGAAUCUUAAAUUUUUAUCCUCAAGUAAUUGAUUUUCAAAAUAAGAAAGAUUAUUUGUAUGCUAAUUUAUUAAUUAUCAAUUCUUAUGAUAGAAUGCUAAUCAGAGUAAGGAAAUCCUAAAUUUUUUAAGACUCAUACUAAUAAAUAAUAAGAAGUAGUCCUUAUAUAUUCAAGCAUAAAUUAUUUGAAAUUCGUUAUGUUGGAGAAAUGGGAUAAGAUGCAGGUGGAUUAACAACAGAUUGGAUUGAGAAGCUUUCUUAUUCAAUAUUAGAUGAAUAAAAUUAACUAUUUAUACCUAAUGAUAACAAAACGUGGUAUUUAAUAAAUAGUGAAUCUUUGGAUCCUAAUCAUCUUUAAAAGUUUAAAUUUGUUGGAAUGUUUUUGGCUAUUGCUAUUAUUUGUAAAGUUAAUAUACUUUCCAAUUUUCCAAUCUAUUUUUAUAAACACAUAGUGGGCUAAAAAUUAUCCAGAUCUGAUAUUCAAUAUUAUGAUGAAGGGGUUUAUAAUGCUUUCGAUGUUAUAUAUAAUUCUUAAAUUGAUUCUAAUUGGGAUUUGUAUUGGUUAUAUACAAUUAAUAGAGGUGGAAAAAAAGUAGAUAAGGAACUAAAACCUGGAGGUCAAGAUAUUGAAGUUACAGAAAACGAUAAAAAAGACUUUGUAAGAAAGUAUUGUCAUUAAAUUAUGGCUAAAGAUAUUGAGGAAUAAAUUAAAGCCAUUUAAUAAGGGUUUUAUUCACUUAUACCAAAAGAAUAUAUUAAAAUAUUUGAUUCAACUGAUUUAGAAUAGUUAUUGUGUGGCUAAUCAUAUGUAGAUGGUAUUUAUAUUUAAACUUAUUUGAAUAGUUGAGGAUCUCAUAAAACACCUAAAUUAUUAGGGUUUUACUUCCAAACAUUAAGUGAUUGGAUGGCUUUAAAAUACAUUGAGAAGUUACAAUCAGGAUAUGCUAGUAAAAUUUUUAAAAUUUACAACAAGUAAAAAUUUAAUCGAUUUAAGGCCGUACCAGAAUACCUAUUGGAGGAUUCGAAAAUUAAGAGUGCAGAAUAACAGUAAAAUUACUUAAUUAUCUCUAAACUGAUAUUGAUUCAAGAUACCCUCAAGGUCAUACAUGGUAUAAUUCAUAUUUAAUAAAUAGCACACAUACAAUUGAUAUGCCUCCUUAUUCAAAUCAACAAAUUUUAUAGAAAAGAUUAGAAGAAGCUUUAUUAUUUUAAGGUGAAACAUUUGAUCUAGUAUGA